UCUUGGAACCCGACCCGCUUCUUCCCCUUGAUUCGUGAUCUUAGGGUUGGUUCUUGGUUUGGGCGCCGCUCGGGGCGGUUCAUCCGGCGCCUCGGACUGCGAUCCUUCCUCUCUUCUCUCACUCACGCCGUCGCGUUUUCUUGGCACUGCCUGGGACAACAUUGGUACCAACCGAAGUGCGGCCGAAUCGCUGCUGAAAUUUUUUGACUGUAGUUCUGUUGCUGGGAAGGGGUUUUACGGGAGGGAAUGCGGCUAAGGCGCGCGCGUUUUGGUGCAGCGGAGAUUGGAAUUCUUGGGGGGAGGGGCGCCGACCCGGAAUUGCGCGUUCUUGAUCCGGCUGCUCUCGCCCGUCGAGCGAUGAUGCGGCAGCCAUGGCCUUAUCCGAUUUCUUCUGGGUUCUUUUCGUCGGGAGAAAGUACUACGGGAGUAAUGGGGCCAGACAAAGGGAGCAGCAGCUUUUUACCAGUCUUCGGCAUCUACUGCAAACGGAUUGUUCGCCAGCAGUGCUUCUGCUUCUUUUUCGCUUUUCUGGGGCAGUAAAGGGGUAUAUGAUCGCUUUUGUUGGGAUUGUAAAAAAAAUAAAGGAGAAGAUCGGAAUCUUUCAACUGUUCUCAACUCAAAUGAUGGCUGCAAGAGCUUUCAGUUGCAAUUGUUCUCUUCCGUCAGUUCUGGUCCAGAAUUCUUCAACUUUCUUUAUCCCUUUAGCACAAAAGGAAAGAGAGAUGAUUUUCUUUUAUUUUCAUUUCUAUGUUCUUUGAGUUGAUGUUACGGCCUGUGCAAUUCCCGUGUGUAAUGCUACGAGUUUUGUUCCUUCUUCACCAGUUUAUAGCUUCAGUUUUAAUGACGCUUAAACUUGGUGAAGAUCAUUGUCAUGCUUCCCGUGUGCAGCCUUUUCAUAUGAGGUCAUCCGCAGCUGAACGUUUAAUGGGUCGUUUUUGCUGAGAUGCUCAUGAUAUGAUUUUUGUGAUAGUCAGUUGGACGCCCAAUCAUGGUUAGGAUUGGAUUUCGAGGCUUAUCUAUUAAUGAUCUGUAGUCAGCCAGAGAAUAUUGGUGAAGCAAUAACUUGAUAUUGGGUUCUAGACCAAAGAAGCAAUGGAAAAGGAAUCAUCUGCCACAUACGAGCCAAAAAGGAACAGUGAAAUAAGGGUUUUUGAGAGUUCAGAUGAGAUUUCAACGGAUCUUGCUGAGUAUAUCUCACAAGUUUCAGAAAUUUCUGUCAAAGAAAGGGGAUACUUUGCCAUCGCCUUAUCUGGAGGUCCCCUAGUCAGUUUUUUGGGGAAACUUUGUGAAGCUCCAUACAACAAGACACUGGAUUGGUCCAAAUGGUACAUCUUCUGGUCUGAUGAACGUGCUGUGGCAAAAAACCAUGCAGAGAGUAACUAUAGGUUAACAAAAGAAGGAUUCCUCGCCAAGGUACCGAUUCUGAAUGGCCAUGUCUACUCCAUAAAUGACAAUGCCACAGUGGAGGAUGCAGCAACAGACUAUGAAUUCAUGAUCAGGCAGCUGGUUAAGGUCCGCACAAUAGGAGUCUCAGAGAGAAACGACUGUCCCAAGUUCGAUCUCAUCCUUCUCACCAUGGGCUCCGAUGGGCAUGUGGCCUCGCUUUUCCCGAACCACCCUGCCAUGGAGCUGAAAGACGACUGGGUCACCUACAUCACCGACUCUCCGCAGCCUCCUCCUGAGAGGAUCACCUUCACUCUCCCAGUGAUCAACUCAGCAUCCAACAUAGCAAUAGUGUCCACUGGUGAUGACAAAGCAAAGGCUGUUCACAUAGCAGUUUCUGACAUGGCCGAAGGUCUUGAUGCUCCUACAUCACUGCCUGCUAGAAUGGUCCAGCCAACGGACGGGAAGCUGGUAUGGUUUCUGGACAAGGCGGCGGCAUCAUUCCUUGACUCCAAGAACGACGACGACGACGCUUGCUACGAUCGUCACGAGUGACUAACUCUGAGGAUCGUUGGUCGUUUUGAAGCGAAUGAACGGAGGUGUGUGUAAGUAGGUGGUGGCGUAUGAUGGAAGACGCGCUGUUCCCCUUUUAGCUCGAUGCAUGGGUUAAUUUUGUUCUGAGGGUUUUUAGCUCCGGAAAUCUGAAAUUGCCCUUGGUCCUUUUGCAGUGAGGUGAUUUAAAAGCGAUGAAAUGUGUAUGCGAUGUUGAGUCGUCAAAGAACACCGGAAUUUAACUGUGGUCGUAUAAUAUUAUGUGCUACAUUCUAUGCUAUGGCAGUUAGUUUUUUUUGUUUUGUAUUA